AUGAUAGAAGAAGUUGAAUCUGUGUACAAGAGGGCGAUUGAAACGAUUGAGGGAAGCACAGCACCCCCAGACCCUGAUGCUCCAAACAGUUUCAAAUGGCGUCUGAGACCCAGCGAGGAGGCUGCCAUAGCUUGCAACCGAUACUUGAACCCCCCAGAGCCAUGGGGAAUAAAAUUGUGCUGCUCCUCAACAUUUUGGGGGCCCGAAAAAUGCGUUAAUAUUGGCCGAAUGUUGAUACUGAACCACACCGUUACUUCCCUAGAUUUGUCUAUGUGUGAUAUGCAAGAGGAAGGGGCCGUUAGAUUCUUUUCGUGUAUCAAACGUAACAGGUGUUUGAAACACUUGAAUGUCAAUGGGAACUACAUUGGUGAUAGGGGAGCGGUUGCUGCCUCUAAAUGUAUUGGGAAUUUGGAGUCUCUGCAUGCUUCUUGUAACGGUAUACAUGAUGCUGGUGCGGUGGCGCUCGCUUCUUCGCUUCCAAGCUCAUCAAAGAUUAAAACAUUAAACUUACGUGGAAACCGACUGACGUUCCUUGGUGCUUACAAACUAGUUUCUGCACUUGAACAUGUUGUGGACUUGCUCUCACCUGAGCUUCGCGAUGCUGUUUCUGCAGGAACUACGCUGUACACUGGUUCUGAAAAGGGUUUAGAGUCUUCCUUGAAGGAGUUUACUUCGGCAAAGUCGGAGAGCAGCGAAAAGGAGCGCCAAAGUUCUUUUGGCCACAUCAUGGAAGGUUUACAAGAAAGUGAGAGCGAUGUGAAAGAGUUCAAUACCAGUUUACACACUCUCUGGCUUCGGCAAAACGAUGAUAUCCCCGAGGAACUUUUUAGAGUUCUUGACAAAAUACUUGAGAAAAGGGUGCCUCAACCGCCAAAAGGUGUGAUGAAAAAAGGGAGAAAUUCCAGGAAAAAGAACGCUUCGUAG